AUGUCGCCGCAUCAAUCGUUUCGGCAUACGACUAGUUUCCCGUUCGGACUUCCUUCACCUGCUUCACUAAUAUCUCCUGACACAGGGCCAAAUAGUGCAUAUCAAAUGCAACAGAAGCCAUUCUUUUUCUUGCCGUCAACACCCAAAAGUUCUCAAUCAACAGCAUCGUCAUGCGCGAAUAGUCAUCGCCGUCGUUAUGCGGGAAAUCGACCGCGCUCAGUUGUGCUCUUCCCAUCGAACACCGCUCAACCUCAUUCACCGUAUUUCCCUACUACUCCUACAAUUCUAACAAAUGGUCAUCAGAAGAUGAUGCUCUCACAAAGUGCUCCAAUGGUAGUAUCUAAUCAUGUUCCUCCUCAACAGCAACAAUCACAUCAUCCUCAUUUUCAUCACUCCUCAUCACAGCAAUAUUCCAAAAAGAAUAUGAAAAACUGUAUUACUCAACAGCAACAGUACCAACAACAGCGUCAAAGACCACUUUCUGAGUCCCGUGGAGGCUCACCGGUGAAUUGCUUUGCGGGUGCAAAGUUUAGCGAAUCGCCGAAAGCACAGCUCAUCCCCUUACCUCCCAUGCAAUGGCUUACAGAUGCCUCCGAUAGUGAAACGACUACUGACCAAAAUUCGGAUAGCUCGGACAGCAGCUUAUCAUUUGUGAUGCAUUCGAAAUGUGGUUCUGAUGAGUUUUCCGCAGUCCCGUCUAUCCCCUCGUCUUCGUUAUCGGUGCAGUGUAAAGUAACUGCAACAAGCUCCACUUCGACCUCACCUCAGCAAUUAUGUCGUCCUGGUCCGAUGCGUAUGAAUCCAUUACAAUUGAUCGCGGCUGUUGCUGCGUCGUAA